CGAGUGACGAAGCAUUUAUGCUCCGUCCGCCCUACCCUUCUCCUGUAGCGCAGUUGCGGCGUCGGCGUCCACCGGCGACACCACCUCCUCUUCUUCCUUCGCGUCUUGCCCUCCCUCCGUUGCAAAGAUGAAUGUGGAGAAGCUCAUGAAGAUGGCCGGUGCUGUUCGCACUGGUGGAAAGGGCAGUAUGCGCAGGAAGAAGAAGGCAGUUCACAAGACUACAACAACAGAUGAUAAGAGGCUACAGAGCACAUUGAAAAGAAUAGGCGUAAAUGCCAUUCCUGCUAUAGAAGAAGUCAACAUUUUUAAGGAUGAUCUUGUUAUUCAGUUUGUUAACCCUAAGGUGCAAGCUUCUAUUGCAGCCAAUACAUGGGUUGUUAGUGGCUCUCCUCAGACAAAAAAACUUCAAGAUCUGCUACCUGGGAUCAUUAACCAACUCGGGCCCGAUAACUUAGAGAACCUGAAGAGGCUUGCAGAGCACUUGCAGAAACAGGCACCGGGUACAGGUCCCGCUGCAAAGCAGGAUGAUGAUGAGGAUGAUGUCCCUGAACUGGUGCCUGGAGAGACAUUUGAAGCAGCUGCUGAUGAAAAUCAAGCUUCGUAGAGGAGAUUUGCUUCCGGAAAAGUUCUCCUACCUUUCAUGCAGUUGUUUCCGCAUUUUGGAUGGUGAAGCAAAUUCUGUCAUUUAUGUAACAUGGAGCACCCGAACACAAAUCUGGUGUUAUUUUCUUCAAAAGAAUGUCAGACUAACGCUUGUUCUAAAUUAUCUACUUGCGCUAGUCCAUGAUUAACCCAAAGGCAGUGUGUACCUGUCAUUUAAUGUUUGCUGGAUUCCUUUAUCUCAAA